AUGGCCCAGCCCUCCGCCUCCCCCACUCCUAACGUCCUCAAGCCUCCGCCCGCCCACUCCCUCCCUGCCCUCCUCGCCAGCCCCCUCUUCUACCCACGCAAAGAGUUCCUGCGCGACCAUCCGCGCGUAGUCUCCGCCUUCGCUCUCCUCACGCUUGCCGGAACGGGCUUUGUCCGCCUCUACAGCUUUCCUGACUCUGUGAUCAACGGCCUUCGCCGUCUGUUUGACCACCAGAAUCUGAUCCUCAGCGUACGCGAGAACGCAGCCAGUCACUUCUUUGAGUUCUCCCUUGACACCAAACCUUGGGCCAACGUCAAGAACCUUGCGUCCGAGAAACUAAUUGUCGCCAUUCUCGCAGUCGUCUUUCAGUAUGGCUAUUCUUUUCUUUCCACCAUCGAGUAUGCGAGGGAGCACGACGAUCGCAUCGCCAUCGCUUUCUCCCGCCCGUCCACCGCCCCCGUCAAUUCCUCUAUACCCGUCGUCCCCAACCCCAAUGCGUCAUGCAGCACGCUACCGCAGGCAGGCCCACUCCUGUUUGCAAUUUCAUUUCCUUCCACCUCUCUUCUGCGCGUGAUUGAGCCUCCGCUACCCUUGACUCCAGCAAUCCUCCAGGCUGUAAGGAGUGCAUGGCCUCGCGGCAUCUCCUACGAGAAGAAGCUGGGAGACUCGUACGAGUUCAAGCUCAAGGGAUAUAAGUGGUUCCAAGAGAAUACCUUCUCGGCAGAUUCUCUUCAGCAGAUCUUGACCCUUCUGGGCACCCUUGAUCGACAUUCGUUCACAUUACUCACCUCCUUGACCGUCGGAAGUCGCUCGCGAACACGAGAUUUAUGGAUAUUCGUCGGUCCUCCGGAAAACCCAUCUCUCGACUCGCCUCCUGCGAGUCCUGCAGGUUCGAGUUUGGAACUGAAGCGGGAAAUAACCCCUCAGCGUACCGGCAUUUCGCCCGAGGGGCAGUACCAUUCUCGGUCGGCAUCUCACCCAUCUCCCCUCAAGCAGGUUACACCGAGUAACAGCUCCGGUGGCAUGAGCAAAUUGAAGAAGCCUUUCCCAAAGGCUCAGCUUCCCCAUGCAUUCCAGUCAGAUAGCUCCUUGAACGACCACUCUCUGGACAAUCACGGUCGACUUCCUAGCGAGGUUGGCAGCGUGGACAUGACUGGCGUCGGAACCGCUCAUCGUCGAGGGGCCAGUCAAACCCCAACGCCCGAAGUGUUUUACACGACUGGACCAGUGCAAGAUGGGAACGCCUAUCAACGCGAGUUUAACCCUUGGAAUAGACCCUUGCCGACCCUCGUGCCGCGAACCAAUGCGCCGCAGCUUCCAGCCCCAAGCAGCUGGGGACGUCAGCACUCGCGUCACUACUCUAUCUCCUCCACCGAUGACCCUAUGCUUCGCGGGGUCAUUCAGGACUCGCCCUACGAUAUAGCUCGACAAAGUCAAAGUUCGAGCUCGAAUAGCUCCAGACUGCGUCGGGCGUCCUCUCCUUUGUCUGCGUCACCUCUGAGCAACAACCCACAGCCGUUGCACCUGACCCCUACUUCUGAGGCGCCGCCUCCAAGCCAGCUUGCGCCUGGCGUCGUAGCGCGACAUUCCGCGGACGUUCCAAGGCCGGCUCUCUCGACGCAUAGUUCGGAUCCACCACGGAUCCCCACCCCACCUCUGCUUGGCACAACUGCCUUCCGCGACUCCGGCCUGUCCUCAAGCACAGGCUGGCGGUCGACCGAGAUACCCAUCACCUGGACAGGCAAGGAUCCCGAUCCUACGACCAUGGCGGCCGACACCCGCCUCUCUGUUUGGCGCGCCGCACCCCACGGUCCGCGCGAGCGCAGAGCCAGCAUCGACGCACGCACCGAGGUGCAAGCGCCGACGCAUCCUCCUCUCGAGCGCCGCGGGUCGAGCGGGCCAGUGCUUCCGGGGUCAUGGGCGCCGACGCCCAAGGAGGAGCAGAAGCCUCAUGACGUCGUGGAGAGUGGGCCGAGGGUGGGUUGUGGUGCAGGAACGGACGCAGCAUCCCCUGCAAUCCCCACUAGUACCACCAGCUCGAGCAGUAACCUGAACGCGAACAUGAUACCACCCACGAUCAAGGAGCAGCCGAGUCAGGAGGGCGACGAUGGGGAGAGGAGAGGAAACGUGCGGGUGCAGGUGCCGGAGCAGCAUCGGGCGGAGGGCGAGGGCGCGAGGAAGAGCGAGGCGGCGUGGGUCGGGCACACGAGCACCUUGGACCGGCAGACGUUCUCGCCCCCCUCCCCGCCUGCGAACGGCCACGCCAACGCAACCCCGACCGCCGCCAACCCUGCGAAGCCCGCCGCCGCGGCGAACGGCCACGCCAACGGAGAGGCGCACGGCUCUGUCCGCGCCCAGCGCUCGCCCAACGCCCCUCGCGCGUCGUCCAUCUCCGAGGGCUGGGUGCUCAUUAACAUCGACAGCAACCGCAAGGGCGGCGCGGCAUCCCCGUCGCGUUCGGCGGGGCAGGGCUCCGCGCUCUCCGCGCCGCCGCUGAAGCACCAGCGGAGCCACUCGGACUCGCGCAUCCCGACGGCCAUGCGCACGUCGCCGACGGGCGCGGGCAAGUCGACGAUGUCGGCGGCGGCGAAGGCGAUCGUCAUGAUCGAUGCUGUCGACCAGGCGAAGGAGAAGCAGCAGUCGGGGGGGAAGCUAAGGCGCCUGCUCGGCCGGACGCAGGACAAGGACAAGCAGGACAAGUCGGGCGGCGGGGGGCAUGCGUCCGAGUCGAGCGCGGGGUCGGGGCAGUCGAAGGCGAAGCAGACCGUCCCUGUGCACAUGGGGAAGGCGAGGAAGUGAUGGCGCGGUGGUGCUCUGCGGCGGGACGUGCUAUAUUGUGGAUUUGCUUUCUCUCUCUCUCCUGUCUUUUCCGAACUUGCUCGUACGGACAACCACCCUUUGCUUAGACGGUCCGAACGAGCCAUGACUACCUGACCACCUACUGACCAACUCUGCAUACACCACAUGCACAUACCCUUAAUACCCCUCGCUCUCUUGUUACCC